CCAGCCAUCUGCGCUUCUGCAGCGUGAGCACAUAUAUAGAGUUAAGCAUAAACAUAUCACUCGAGACAGAGAGACGGCGAUGGCCAACCGACUCUUCCACGUGAGGCGCCUUGUCUGCUGCUUCUUGGCCGUGCUGCCCGCCAGCGCCGGCGCCGGCGAUGUGUCGGCGCUCUCGUUCGUCGACAGGCUGAGGCAGAUCGGGAUCCCCGUCGGCGACGGCGACUACUGCGACAGCUGGCGCCUCGGCGUGGAGGCGAACAACGUGAGGGGGUUCACGACGGCGCCGCGCAAGUGCGACAACUACGUCGAGAACUACAUGCGCGGCCACCACUACCGCCGCGACAGCAAGGUCGUCGUCGACGAGGCCGUCGCCUACGCCGAGACCCUCCACCUCUCCUCCGCCGCCGCCGGAAACGCCACCUGGGUGUUCGACGUCGACGAGACCGCCCUCUCCCACGUCAAGUUCUACAAAAGGAACGGCUUUGGAUAUCACAAGUUCGGCGAGCCGGCGUUCAUGGAGUGGUUGAUCGCCGGAAAAGCGUCGGCGCUGCCAAACACGCUGACGCUGUACAAGAAGCUGCUGCUCCUCGGCAUCAAGAUCGUGUUCCUGUCCGACAGGCCAGACACGCCGGAGCUGAGGAACGCCACGGCCACCAAUCUCAUCAAGGAAGGGUUCGACUGCUGGGACGACCUCAUCUUAAGGUCGGAGAACUCGACGACGACGGGAUCAGUGGUGGAGUACAAGUCGGGGGAGAGGAAGAAGCUGGAGGAGGAGGACGGGCUGGUGAUCGUCGGCAACAUCGGCGACCAGUGGAGCGACCUGCUCGGCUCGCCGGAGGGUCACCGCACCUUCAAGCUGCCCAACCCUGCGUACUACGUCGACAACUACAUGCUCGCCGGCGUCCAGGCCGUUGCAACUCCGGUCUCGUCGUCGUCUACCUAGCUAGCCCGAAGCUAAGCAGAAUGAAGAACGCAUUUUUCAGACUCAAUUUCAGUUUAAUAAUCGUUUUGUUGAUACGAUUUAAAUAUUUUGAUCGAGUUGGCGUUGUCGAUUGAUUGUUCUUAUGCAUUAACUGUGCUUCACAUUUAAGUUCGAAGGAGAUCUUUGUUACUGCUGCU